UUGUGUGUUGGUUUGGUUGUUGUGUGUCAUUGUGUGUGCUCCCCGGUGAAAAUUUUACAGCCACGAUUAUUACUAUAUAUUAUUAUUAUCUAAAAAAAAAAUUGACGUUAACAUUCUAUUAAUAAUAAUAAUAAACAAAUAGAUAAAUAAAUAUAAAAAUAAAAAAACAUUUAACAAUAACAACAUAACCAAUAAUUGAAUUUUUCGUUUGUAAAAAAAAAAAAAUUGUAAAUUGUAAACAAGCUAGUGUUAUUUUUUUUGGGUUAAUAUAUAUAAUAUAAAUUAAGAUUAAAAUAAACAACAAACAAAAUGGAAAAUCCAGAAGAGGUACUUCAAGCAUUAGAAGAAUUUCAAAAAAUGCGACCAACAGAAAUUCCACGUGAGUUGGAUGAAUAUAUAAAUUUUGUUGCUAAAACAGGUGAUUCAGUAUAUCAAUGGCCAUUAGUUAAGCCAUUAUUUCGUGAAAAACUUGUUCGCGUCAUGACUGAUUUUUAUGAAAGUUGUCCAACACUUGAUUUAGCAUCAAGUCCAAAUAUUGAACACUUCAAUUAUGAUAUAAUGAAAUGUAAUUUAUUGGAUUUACUUGAAUCAUUUGCAAAUGCACCAUUUACAAUACAACGUUUAUGUGAAUUAUUAACAUCACCAAGAAAAGAAUAUAAUCGUGUUGAUAAAUUUAUGAGAGCAAUUGAAAAAAAUAUACUAGUUGUAUCAACAAGAGAACCAGGUAGAAGAAGUGAAAAUGGUGAUAGUUUACUUAAUGGUUCAAUUGAUGAAGAUAUAUCAAUAAAUCAACAACAACAAUCACAUGAAAUUGAAAUGGAAGCAUGGGAAAAAGAAUGCACAACAUCAUCAACAACAACAACAACAUCAACAGCCACAACAACCACAACAACAACGACAAUUGAAUCAAGUAGUGAUAUUACAUCAUUAUCAACUGAACAAGAACAAGAUGUUAAUAUAACUGAAACAAUUAUUCAAACAAAAAUAAUAAAUGAAUCAAAUGAUGUUUGUCAAACUGUUAUUCAAGAUAAAAUUAAUGAUGAUAUUUUAAUAUCAACAAGCCAAGAAAUAUUAACAACAUCAACUGUGCUAACGGAUUCUUCAUUACCAUCAAUUAUUACUGAUUCAAUUGUUUGUACAACUAGUGAAGUUGAUAAUAUAACAGAAAAUAUUAAUCAAGUUACUGAAAUUGUUGGUGAUGUUACAGAAUCAAUUAUUAAUGAAGAUACAAAUUCACAACCAAUAACUGAUAAUGAUACAAAUGAUAAUGAAAAACUUCAAACAACAUUUCAUUCAAAAGAUUUUACUGAUAAUGUAGAUAAUGAAAAUGUUGCUGCUGUUAUUAAUGAAGAUGAAAAAACAGAUAUUACUGAAGCAAUUGUUGAUGAUAAUUUAAUUAACAAAGUUGUUGAUGAUGGAGCAUUAGUAGUUACUGAAGAGACUGUGAAAAAUCAAUUGAAUGAAUUAUCUUCAAAUGUAGCUGAUGAAAAUGAAGGCAUAACAAAAGUAAGUUGUUCAGUAAUAACAACACAUCAUGAAAAUAAAAUUGAGCAAGAAAUAAUUAAGUCUGAUGAUGAUAAAGAUGAAAUUAUUACUAAUGAUAAAGAUGAAGAAUUAAAAACAGAAGAAACAACAAUAGUAAAAUGUGUAGAAGAAACAACAGUAGUUGAAAGUAGUCUAGAAGUAACAACUACUUGUGAAACAUCUGAAACAGUUGAUAAUGAGCUGAAAAAUAAUGAAGUUGAAAAACAAGCAACUGAUGUAUCAAAGCCACCAAUAAUUGAAGAACCAGUUAGUGAAGAAAUAGAUAAAAAAGAAGAAGAUAAUCAAAUUAAAGAAGAAAAAAAUAUUGUUAUCCAAGAAGCCAUGGAUGAUGAUGCUAAAGUAACAAAUAGUACUGUACCAGAACCAAUACCAAUUGUUGAAGAACCAAAAGAUGAAACAUCUUCAUCGAGUGGUGGUGAAUAUACUGCGGCUGUUGUUGAGACUGUUGAUGAAAGUACAAUCUCUGAAUCAAAUAAACAAGAUGCAUCAAUUGAUGAUACAUCAGUCACAACAAAUAUUGAGAUUGUAGAAAAAAAUCAACCAACAGAAUCAAUGGAAAUUGACAAUGAUGAAUCAAUGUCUGUAUGUCAAAAUGAUGAACCAAUGGAAGAAGAAUCUUCCUAUCAAACAAGGAGUUAAUAUAUUUUUAAAUUUUAAUCACUUAAAAAUUAAUCAUUUAAAUAAUCCAUCAUUUUUUUUUUAAAUUACAAAAUAUUUUUUUUUUUCGUCUUGAAUUUUAUUUUAGCAUAUAUUAAAUUGUAUUAAAUAAUACCUUUUUUUUUUAAAAAAAAAAUUAAUUUUCUUUUUUUAUUUACUCCGUUAUCAUUUGGCUAUAAA